AUGAUAACGGCAACAGAAAUGGGGUCCACGAAAAUAACGCCCGAGGUUCUGCAAGAGAUGCUACAAUAUUACAACUUAACGCGACAAGAGUUCAUCGAGUCUUACAACAUACAGCCGCUUGUCUACGUCCCUGAGCUGCCGUUGGGCGCGAAGACAACUUUCGUGAUUAUGUACGCUACCAUUUUCGCCCUGGCUCUGGUUGGGAACAGCUUGGUUGUCUACAUAGUGGUGCUUAAAAGAGCAAUGCAGACCGCUACUAAUAUUUUCAUCUGUUCUCUGGCGGUGAGCGACCUUCUUAUCACAUUCUUCUGCAUCCCGUUCACCUUGUUGCAGAACAUCUCCUCGGAAUGGCUCGGAGGUGAGUUCCUAUGUUCCACGAUUCCAUCAAAACACCUGUCUGCUCUGCACUGCAUGCCUACUGGUUGAAUCCACAUUUGUUUUCACGUCAUUUCGACGAAAUAACGUUGAACCAACGUGGAAUAGACGUUGAAUUGACGUCUGUGCAGUGGGUGCCUGCUGACAUUGAUAGUUUGAAUAAACUUUAGAAGCCUAUAUAUAAUCGUUUUUUUCUUCUUAAAAUAAUAUGGAUACACAUUCAACCUGGUAGUAGUUUAAGAACAUUCUAUUCUAUUCUGAGCCUUGACAGUCGUUGGUUAAUGAAUGGGUUGUGUUUGCAGAGCACCUUUUAUAAUUUCAAGAGAAUCUCAGUUUAUUGCCUUCUGGUGCCUUCUACAGUUGAAUGAAUUGAUGGGCGUCACUCAAAAUGUUUUUUUUAAAGUUUUUUUUUAGUCAUUUAGCAGACGCUCUUAUCCAGACGCAAUUAGGGUUAAGUGCCUUGUUCAAGGGCACAUCGACAGAUUUUUCAACUAGUCGGCUCGGGGAUUAGAACCAGCGACCUUUCGGUUCCUGGUACAACGCUCUUAACCACUAAGCUACCUGCCGCCCAUGUUGACAUUAAAAACCAUCCAACGGAGGAAGUAAUAGACUACAGAGCAUUACCUUAUAGACUAUUUUAUUUCCAUAGUUGUAGUCUAAGUAAACCGUUUUUAAACCAUGUUCUGGGUUGCCGGACAGCCCUUAGCAUUAGGGUUUAUAGGUGGCUUGAGAGUUAUUUCCCCUUUUUGAAUAUUAAACACAAUAUUUAGAGCAAGCAAUAUCACAUUCGUUUUGUGAUAUAGCUUAUACUGUGAAUUGUCACAAAAUAGCCUAUUUUCGUUUGAAUUGGUGAUCUGAUUGGUCAAAAGACCAAUUAGUGAAAAAAAGAUCCCGAAUUUGGGCUGUGUAAACGCAGCCAAUGAGAGAAAUACUUUUGGAGAAGCUUCUGCUUGAUCUCUGCAGAGUGUGUUUUUGAGUGACACUUCUAACCCCUUUCUCCUCCUAGGUGUUCUCGUCUGCAAGACGAUUCCUUUUGUCCAGACCACGGCCAUCGUCACAGGGAUUCUCACAAUGACCUGCAUCGCCGUAGAGCGCUACCAGGGCAUUGUCUACCCCUUGAAAAUGAGGAGGCAAUACACGCCGAAAAGAGCAUACAAGAUGCUAGGUAUGCUUUCAAAAAUAAACACUCUUUUUUUAUGCUUUUGUGUUAAUGGUGUACGGCAGAGAAGGGAGAGUGGGGAAGAGGAGAAAUGAGAGAGGAGAGAGGAGAAGAAGAGAAAGGAGAUGACUAAAGGUCACUAGGUACAGACAUUGUGAGAAGACAGUAGCCAAUGAGAGUUCUUCAGUUAUGGUUAAAUUUUGGAGUAUGCUCUGUAGAUAAGUGAUGAAAACAAAUCCUUAUUUAAAUGCAUUAAGCUCUGAGGCACUGACCCCCCCCCCCCCAAAAAAAAAGGGGGGGGGGGGGGGAAGGGGUGUAGACUUGCUAUAGGCACUGUAUAUCAACUUUCAGAAAUGUUGGUAAAUUAGCUUUUUAAAAAAAAAAAAAAAAAACUUCUGAAAUAGAUUGUGUUUAUUCACUACCUAAUCAUGGCAUGGGGUUGUUAAAUGACAGACAUGUAUUAGUUAUCUAUCACUAGAGCUGUGUUCAAAUACCCACACUAACAUACUGUAUACUACAUACUUAAUGAGUAUAUACUACAUACUAUUAGUUCAGUUUAGUAUACUGUAAACGAACUGCAUCCUUUCAGUUGAGCGUACUAGAACAGUCAUAUUUUAUACACAUGAAGGUACCCAUAAGCAAUCAUUUCUGAUGAAAAAAAACCACAAAUGUGAAAAAUUGAUGGAUAUAGCGUUUUGGAAAUAAACUCUUCAUAUGUGUACAGUACAUGAUUUAUUACUUGUGGUAUCGUAAAGAAGUCAUUUGUAUUGAUCAUGUCUUCUUUGUGUAGGACUUGUAUGGAGUGCAUCAGUGGUUGUGGGAUCCCCAAUGCUGUUUGUACAGCAACUAGAGGUAUGACAAGCCCCUCCCAUCACAACUACUGUAGCUUAAAAUCAAAUCCAAAAAUAUUACAGUAAACAUCACGGCACCUAAGAAGCUGACCUAACCUAACCUAACCUAACCAAACCUAACCUAACCUAACCUAACCUAACCUAACCUAACCUAACCUAACCUAACCAAAUCGAUCACUUUCAGAAUCACUCCAGAAAACCAAAAGCUUUGAUUUGAAUGAUGAAUUGAUGUGUUUCCCCCCUCCGUUCCCAGGUGAAGUAUGACUUCCUGUACGACCACCACCACGUGUGUUGUCAGGAACGUUGGCUUUCCCUGACCCACAGGCAGGUGUACACCACCUUUAUCAUGGUAGCUCUGUUCCUGAUGCCCAUGGCAGCCAUGUUGUUUCUCUACACACGGAUAGGGAUAGAGCUGUGGAUCAGGAAGAGGGUGGGGGACUCCUCUGUCCUGAGCACCAUGAACCACAGAGAGGUCAACAAAAUAUCCAGGUACUGUAUGUACUGUGUAUAGACACAAGACGUCUUUCAUUGUUUUUUAUUGUGAUAGAUAUAGGGAAGAAUGAGAGAGGGGAGAGAUGAGCCAGGAGAGGACUGGUCACCCCUCAGAGCCUGGUUCCUCUCUAGAAUGAGAGAGGGGAGAGAUGAGCCAGGAGAGGACUGGCCACCCCUCAGAGCCUGGUUCCUCUCUAGAAUGAGAGAGGGGAGAGAACAGCCAGGAGAGGACUGGUCGCCCUCAGAGCCUGGUUCCUCUCUAGAAUGAGAGAGGGGAGAGAUGAGCCAGGAGAGGACUGGCCACCCCUCAGAGCCUGGUUCCUCUCUAGAAUGAGAGAGAUGAGCCAGGAGAGGACUGGUCACCCCUCAGAGCCUGGUUCCUCUCUAGAAUGAGAGAGGGGAGAGAUGAGCCAGGAGAGGACUGGUCACCCCUCAGAGCCUGGUUCCUCUCUAGAAUGAGAGAGAAGAGCCAGGAGAGGACUGGUCACCCCUCAGAGCCUGGUUCCUCUCUAGAAUGAGAGAGGGGAGAGAACAGCCAGGAGAGGACUGGUCACCCCUCAGAACCUGGUUCCUCUCUAGAAUGAGAGAGGGGAGAGAAGAGCCAGAAGAGGAUUGGUCACCCCUCAGAGCCUGGUUCCUCUCUAGAAUGAGAGAGGGGAGAGAACAGCCAGGAGAGGACUGGUCACCCCUCAGAGCCUGGUUCCUCUCUAGAAUGAGUGAGGGGAGAGAUGAGCCAGGAGAGGACUGGCCACCCCUCAGAGCCUGGUUCCUCUCUAGGUUUCUUCCUACAUUCUUACCUUCUAAGGUGUUUUUCCUAGCCACUGUGCUUCUGCCUGUGCAUUGCUUGCUCUUUGGGGUUUUGGGCUGGUUAUCUGUAAAGCACUUUGUGAGAACUGCUGAUGUAAAAAGGGCUUUUAUAAAAUGCAUUUUAUUGAUUGGUUGAGAUGAAGGAGAUAUAAAGAGUUGAAAGUGGAGGGCAGCUGGGGAUCGAACCGCAGUCUCAGGAACACAGAGCUGUUCCAAAAUACCUGUCUAUUGGGUUGAAAUGCAUUGUGCAUGAUGACACCUGCAUGUCUCUCAGUAUGGGAGAAAUAAAAAGAGAGGGUAUCAGCGUGAGGAAGUUAGAACAUGCUUUAUUGAUUUUCACAGGAAGAAGAAGCGAGCUGUAAAAAUGAUGAUAACCAUUGUUCUGCUGUUCACAGUCUGUUGGGCUCCAUUUCAUACCGUUCACAUGCUGUUUGAGUACAGUAAGUAUAUGCUCUAUUACACUACAAUAAUGAUAGUGGGGCUAGGACUAACAGGCUGAAAUAGGCUAUAGCACAUAUAGCAUAAACUAUCCCCAUCACAUAUGUUAACCUUUAUAUUCAUGGUUAACUGUAACUCGUAGAGGCAGGUGUAAAUCUUUCGGUUCAGCAUGUUUUUUUUCUUCUCCCUCUCACUGACCACGUUUCUAUCAAACCAUUUCAUGCGGAUGAAUUACCUGACCCAUGAAGUUGACCCAAAGUUCUGACGGAAACAUGAAACGUCAGUACAAUUUUAGGCUGACAGACAAUUUGUUCAUUCGACAUGGUGCAAUCUUUUUGUGUCUGUAAAAUGAAUUAUGCAAGAAAUGGCGGUGGAAAUGCCUUUAUGCGCGACUAUUGAUAUAAUAACCAUCAUGUCGAAGUAAACUUGGAGUCACGCGAUGACAUGUUGUGUGGUCCUCCCACUACGACUCGGGAAAGCAUGCAGUUUAUUAGGCUGUUGUCACCUUCUCACCAAGCUGCUUGGCGAUGGUCUUGUAGCCCAUUCCAGCCUUGUGUAGGUCUACUAUCUUGUCCCUGACAUCCUUGGAGAGCUCUUUGGUCUUGGCCAUGGUGGAGAGUUUGCAAUCUGAUUGAUUGAUUGCUUCUGUGGACAGGUGUCUUUUAUACAGGUAACAAGCUGAGAUUAUGAGCACUCCCUUUAAGAGUGUGCUCCUAAUCUCAGCUCGUUACCUGUAUAAAAGACACCUGGGAGCCAGAAAUCUUUCUGAUUGAGAGGGGGUCAAAUACUUAUUUUCCUCAUUAAAAUGCAAAUCAAUUGAUAAAAUUUUUGACAUGCGUUUUUCUGGAUUUUGUUGUUGUUAUUCUGUCUCUCACUUUUCAAAUAAACCUACAAUUAAAAUUAUAGACUGAUAAUGUAUUUGUCAGUGGGCAAACGUACAAAAUCAGCAGGGGAUCAAAUACUUUUUUCCCUCACUGUAUACACCACCAAGCAAGCGGCACCAUGAAGACCAAGGAGCUCUUCAAACAGGUCAGGUACAUAGUUGUGGAGAAGUACAGAUCAGGGUUGGGUUGUAAAAAAAUAUCAGAAAAUUAGAACAUCCCACGGAGCACCAUUAAAUCCAUUAUAAAAAAAUGGAAAGAAUAUGGCACCACUACAAACCUGCCAAGAGAGGGCCGCCCACCAAAACUCACGGACCAGGCAAGGAGGGCAUUAAUUAGAGAGGCAACAAAGAGACCAAAGAUAACCCUGAAGGAGCUGCAAAGCUCCACAGCGGAGAUUCGAGUAUCUGUCCAUAGGACCACUUUAAGCCGUACACUCCACAGAGCUGGGCUUUAUGAAAGAGUGGCCAGAAAAAAGCCAUUGCUUAAAGAAAAAAAUAAGCAAACACGUUUGGUGUUCGCCAUAAGGCAUGUGGGAGACAAACAUAUGGAAGAAGGUACUCUGGUCAGAUGAGACUCAAAUUGAGCUUUUUGGCCAUCUGGCGCAAACCCAACACCUCUCAUCACCCCGAGAACACCAUCCCCAUAGUGAAGCAUGGUGGUGGCAGCAUCAUGCUGUGGGGAUGUUUUUCAUCGGCAGGGACUGGGAAACUGGUCAGAAUUGAAGGCAUGAUGGAUGGCGCUAAAUACAGGGAAAUACUUGAGGGGAAACCUGUUCCAGUCUUCCAGAGAUUUGAGACUGGGACGGAGGUUCACCUUCCAGCAUGACAAUGACCAUAAGCAUACUGCUAAAGCAACACUCGAGUGGUUUAGGGGAAACACUUAAAUGUCUUGGAAUGGCCUAGUCAAAGCCCUCAAUCCAAUUGAGAAUCUGUGGUAUGACUUAAAGGAGCUGGAGCAGUUUUGCCUUGAAGAAUGGACAAAGAUCCCAGUGGCUAGAUGUGCCAAGCUUAUAGAGACAUACCCCAAGAGACUUGCAGCUGUAAUUGCUGCAAAAGGUGGCUCUACAAAGUAUUGACUUUGGGGGGGUGAAUAGUUAUGCACGCUCAAGUUCUGUUUUUUUGUCUUGUUUGUUUCACCCCAAAAAAGAUUUUGCAUCUUCAAAGUGGUAGCCAUGUUGUGUAAAUCAAAUGAUACAAACCCCCCAAAAAUCCAUUUUAAUUCCAGGUUGUAAGGCAAAAAAAAAAGGAAAAAUGCCAAGGGGGGUGAAUACUUUCGCAAGCCACUGUAGGUAGCCUACCCACACUGUAUCUGCCAGCUGUUGACUAGAUCGCAUGUGACAAGACCAGAAUGGGCACAUUUGCUAUAUAACGCAACAGUUUUUGUGAAAAAAACUAUCAUUAAAGUUGAAAAUGCGAUGGAAACGCAUUUAACUAGUAUUUUUCCAUUCGGUACCUGGGAAUUUAACGGUAAAAGUUGUUUUAUGUGCACUACAUCACCCACAGCCUCUUAUCAGCAAAAUGUUAUUUAUUGUUUUUCUUUAUUAAUGUUAUUUUAUGUUUCUUAAGAGAAAAUGUACUUGUAGUGAUGUCCAAUGUUUGUUAUUGUAUUGUAAUUUGAAAUAAUAAUAAUACAAAACAUCUGUUUGAUGGAAACAUCUCUGGUGGGAAAAUGCGAUAUUGUUUUAUGGAGAUUUUAGAAUAUUCAAAUGAAAAUCUGUCGCAAAUUGGAUGGAAACCAAGCUACUAAUAUUCUCCAAAUACAGCUAAAUAAUUCCUAAAAGACCUUCCUUUUGUUCACAUCUAGACGACCUAGAGAAGAACUCUGACGAGGUGACGAUGAACAUGAUCAUCGCCAUCGUCCAGGCCAUCGGCUUCUCCAACUCCUUUAACAACCCCAUCAUCUAUGCCUUCAUGAACGAGAACUUCAAGAAGAGCUGCGUGGCCACCCUGUCCCGCUGCCUCAGGAAGCCCUCCAACCACCGGGGCGGCGCUGUGGAGGAGCCCAACAACCCCACGGUACGCUUUAUUAGACCACUGAAGAGGGAGGCCUUCUCAGAGACUGGUGGCGGGGCCAAUGGAGGCUUGGAGCAGGGUGUGAUGGAGAACGGUCCGUCCGUCUCCUCUCAUGGAGACACCUCCUCAGCCUUAACAGGGGAGAAGAUGACGGUGAACUCUGAGCUACCGGCGAGCAGCAUUGAUCUGUUGAAAUAG